AUGGCUUCGGACCCUAUUGCAUCAAAGUCAUUUGACGAGGUUACAGAGGGCGCUGAUAAUGAUUCGACACGUAUCCAGGCGUUUUGCCAAGAUCGACGCAAUGUCUCGGAUCGUACGUGGAAGGCCAAGUUUCUUUCUGAUCACUUUGAAGGACCACAGCCGGAUAAGAUCCUAGUCAGGCUACUUGAAGACCCGAGCUAUGAAGACCCAAGGAAUAAUUUGACCGUUUGGGCCAGACCGGACCCUGCUGUGACAGCUUUGGCAGCUUAUUGUCAGGCUCAGCUUCAAGGACUAGGCCUUGAUAUCUGGUUGACGCCCCAGCACGGUCUCCACAUGACUGUCCUCGUUGUCGCGGAGCUUUCUCUCGUUCUUAUACCCGUCAUUACUUCUUACGGCCAAGUCGACACCGCCACGCACCUGGUGAUGGCUUGCGAAUCAGAAGCAAUUGUUGCAAGAGGCCCUUUCUCGGAAGGAAAAUGGGCUCUAGAACCGGUAAAAUUGCGUGAACUCCACCAGGAUGAAGUCUUGGUUCAGAUGGUUGCGUCUGGCAUUUGCCAUACAGAUCUUCAUUGCGGAGAUACAUCAGCCGAUGCUGGAGUGCCUGGUGUUUACUAUCCCCGCGUGCUUGGCCAUGAAGGCUCCGGCUACGUGGUGCGAACUGGAAGCGCAGUAAAAAGCGUACAGGCUGGUGACCCAGUUCUCCUGUCGUUCGCAUACUGUGGAGAGUGCUAUGUUUGUACUUCUGGGCCGCCCUCACACUGCAUCAAGUUCUUCGACAUCAAUUUUAUGGGAGAGCCUGUUUUUGAAGGGGGCAUUGGCGGCAGAUUCUUUGGCCAGUCUAGCCUUGCUCGCCAUUCCGUUGUGAGCGACAAGUGUGUUGUCAAUGUCGCCGGCCGUGGCCUCAGCAAAGACGAUCUGAAGCUUCUUGCGCCUCUGGGAUGUGGUCUACAAACAGGGAGCGGUACAGUCAUCAACGUUGCUAGGGCUGGCCCCAAGGACUGUGUCACAAUUGCUGGCAUGGGAGGUGUUGGACUUGCGGCGAUUAUUGCCGCCAAGAACAAAGGGUGUAAGGCGAUUAUCGGCCUUGACAGGGUCGAUAGUCGGCUAGUCCUAGCCAAGUCUCUAGGAGCGACGCAUGUUAUCAACACGACAAAUCUCGAAAUGAAAGACAUUGUUGAGAAGAUCAAGGAAGCCAGUGAAGGCCUCGGCUCUACAAUCAGCAUCGACACAACGGCCUUUCCACCUCUUGUCUCUGCACAGGUUGAUGCGACACGAUAUAUGGGGAAAAUAAUUCAGGUGGGAACGGGUAUGCCCAACGCAAAUCUUGCUCUCCACAUGCAGAGUUUCAUGGUGAGCGGCAAGCAGUAUUUCGGGGCUGUCCAGGGACACGCCAAAACGAGCGAAUAUAUCCCAGAAAUGAUAAAAUGGUGGCGGGACGGGAAGUUCCCCAUUGAGAAGUUGGUCACUUUUUUUGAGCACGAAAACUACGCUCAGGCUCUAGAGGCCAUGGGCCGUGGAGAGGCAAUCAAGCCUGUGAUUGUUUGGUAG